CAUUCCCUGGAUGAUAACGCGUUUGUGACCUGUCUCGUCUGCAAUUAUCUUUACUAAUCCACCCGUAGCGGAAAGUAUAAAGUCGUCCUUUAUUCUACGAUUUUCGGUGAUUCUGUACCGCAGCCGCUCCGGACAUGUCCGCGUCCAACCAGUGCAGGUACAAAUAUGAGGAAUGCAAAGAGACAGUAGAUUGGCUACUGGCUCAUACAAACAUCCGGCCAAAAAUUGCUAUUAUCUGUGGAUCAGGUCUUGGAGGCCUGUCUGACCUGCUGAACAACAGCAUUGCAUUUCCUUAUAAGGAUAUCCCACAUUUCCCCCGCAGUACAGUUGCAGGACAUGCAGGACAGCUUGUGUUUGGGGAGCUGAAAGGAAAGCAGUGUGUUUGUAUGAAAGGUCGCUUUCACUUCUAUGAGGGCUAUGACAUUGCCAUGGUCACAUAUCCAGUCCGUGUCUUUUUCCUUCUUGGAAUCGAGACUUUGAUUGUUACAAAUGCUGCAGGAGGCAUAAACUCUCAUUUUAAGUUGGGAGAUAUUAUGAUGAUCACGGACCACAUCAAUAUUCCUGGCUUUGCAGGCCAGAAUCCUUUGUGUGGCCCAAAUGAUGAGAGGUUUGGUGUACGCUUUCCCUGCAUGUCUGAUGCAUAUGAUAAAGACCUGGCCAAGCUAGCUGGGCAGACAGCUGAGGAGCAGGGCUGUGCUAACUUUCUUCAACAGGGAGUCUACUGUAUGGUGGCUGGACCUAACUAUGAAACUGUAGCUGAAUGUAAAAUUCUUCAGUUGCUGGGGGCAGACGCUGUAGGUAUGAGCACAGUGCCUGAGGUAGUGGUGGCACGUCACUGUGGCCUGCGUGUCUUUGGCCUCUCCCUCAUCACCAACAUGGUGGUGUCUGACUACAACAGUAAGGAACUCAUCAACCAUGAAGAGGUUCUUGAGACCACACGCAUGCGUUCACAAGAUAUUCAACGCUUGAUCAGUCAUCUCGUGGAAAAGAUUUAAAGUCAUGCUUAUUGGUGACCAGGCGAUGCAAGCUACCUAACAAUGAUGUCUAAAAUGCUACACUGAUAAAUAAUUGUAACAUCACAAUCCAGAUCAUUUGUGUAUGUUUGUGUUUGUGAAAAAAACUGACUGUUUUGGUGUUCAGCCAAAAUCUAUAGCCAGCAGCCAUGUAUUCAAUUUAAAACACGCUACCUCAUUAUUCUGAAACCCUAGAACAAAUAUAUAUAAUAUAUUAUAUAUAUAUAUAAUUAUUCACUUAACAUCUAAAGGACACACAUCAUGAAUAUGUAAUAUUUUACACAAAAUUACACAAAAUCCUUCAUUUUGAUUAUUUUCAAGUCAUACAUGGCUCUCUCACCACAAGAAAGAGUCUCUAGAACAAACAAGUUCACACAUGCAUUCAUAGAGCAUUUAAUGCUAGCAGUAAAGCUAGCAAACUGUAAUGUUAACACAUAAAUAAUAAUGAUUUAUAACUAUGAGAUGUCAAAUGGAAGUGGAUGGUAUCUUGUUUGAGUCUGUGUCAAGCCAUGGUUUCUUACUCACGUUUCUCAGAGAGUAUUACUUGCUAAAAUCACUAUAUAUCUAUUGUUAAAAGCACAAGAGAAGAUGACAAUGACAUGCUUCCUCUGAGACAAUGAUGCAAAUUUCUUUUUUGAGACUAAAAGAUCUGCUAGCAUUUGAUAGGAACAUUAUGUCUAAUUUUUAUUGACAAAAUGUACACAGAAUUGUGAAUGUUCUCUAUUUUUCUCAAUUAAAAUGCAUACUUAACAUAACUUACAUACAUACAUAACUAAAUAAAUAUUUGUCAAACUAAAA